GCCCAGCAAGGGUGAUGUGCUGGACUGAGUCCAGAGAAUUUGAACUUGCCUAUUAGACUGACAGACUGAGUACUGGUGGACUUCCACAAACCAGCUGCCAAGCCCAGUCCAAGUCAGAGCAGUCCUUGGUGGCCUAGCCAGCGUGAAGGGUCUGAACCCAGGGACAGCCCCACGCUCAGCCAGGCCAGGCCACUCAUUAAGCCCCUGUCCCCACCAGACAUGGAGAAGAUGUCCCGUGUGACCACAGCCCUGGGUGGCAAUGUGCUGACAGGACGUACCAUGCACUGCCACCUAGAUGCUCCAGCCAAUGCCAUCAGCGUGUGCCGUGACGCGGCCCAGGUGGUAGUGGCUGGCCGCAGCAUCUUCAAGGUCUAUGCGAUCGAAGAGGACCAGUUUGUGGAAAAGCUGAACCUUCGUGUGGGCCGCAAGCCCUCACUCAACCUGAGCUGUGCAGACGUGGUCUGGCACCAGAUGGAUGAAAACCUACUGGCCACGGCAGCCACCAAUGGCGUGGUGGUCACUUGGAAUCUGGGCCGGCCCUCCCGCAACAAGCAGGAUCAGCUGUUCACGGAGCAUAAGCGCACGGUGAACAAGGUCUGCUUCCACCCCACGGAGGCCCACAUGCUGCUCAGUGGCUCCCAGGACGGCUUCAUGAAGUGCUUUGACCUGCGCAGGAAGGACUCGGUCAGCACCUUCUCAGGCCAGUCCGAGAGCGUGCGGGACGUGCAGUUCAGCAUCCGGGACUACUUCACCUUCGCCUCCACCUUUGAGAAUGGCAACGUGCAACUCUGGGACAUCCGACGGCCUGAUCGCUGCGAGAGAAUGUUCACGGCCCACAACGGGCCUGUCUUCUGCUGCGACUGGCACCCGGAGGACAGGGGAUGGCUGGCGACUGGUGGCCGUGACAAGAUGGUGAAGGUGUGGGAUGUGACCACACCCCGUGCCAGGGAAGUGCACUGUGUGCAGACCAUUGCCUCGGUGGCCCGUGUCAAGUGGCGGCCAGAGUGCCGCCACCACCUGGCCACCUGCUCCAUGAUGGUGGACCACAACAUCUACGUGUGGGACGUACGGCGGCCCUUUGUGCCCGCCGCCAUGUUUGAGGAGCACCGAGACGUCACGACAGGCAUAGCCUGGCGCCACCCACACGAUCCCUCCUUCCUGCUGUCGGGCUCCAAGGACAGCACGCUGUGCCAGCACCUAUUCCGCGAUGCCAGCCAACCUGUUGAGCGUGCCAACCCUGAGGGUCUCUGCUAUGGCCUCUUCGGGGACCUGGCCUUCGCUGCCAAGGAGAGUCUGGUGGCUGCAGAGUCAGGGCGCAAACCCUAUGCUGGUGACCGGCGCCACCCUAUCUUUUUUAAGCGCAAGCUGGACCCUGCUGAGCCCUUUGCAGGACUAGCCUCCAGUGCCCUCAGUGUGUUUGAGACGGAGGCCAGUGGCAGCAGCAUAAGCUGGUUCGUGGACACGGCCCAACGUUAUGCCCUGGCCGGCCGGCCACUGGCUGAGCUCUGUGACCACAAUGCCAAGGUGGCCCGGGAGCUGGGCCGAAACCAGGUGGCCCAGACGUGGACCAUGCUUCGGAUCAUCUACUGCAGCCCUGGCCUGGUGCCCUCCGCCAACCUCAACCACAGUGUGGGCAAGGGAAGCUCCUGUGGCUUGCCUCUCAUGAACAGCUUCAACCUAAAGGAGAUGGCCCCCGGGCUGGGCAGCGAGACCUGGUUGGAUCGGAGUAAGGGCGAUGCUCGGAGCGACACGGUUCUGUUGGACUCCUCAGCCACGCUUAUCACCAAUGAGGACAACGAGGAGACGGAGGGCAGCGACGUGCCGGCCGACUACCUCUUGGGAGACGUGGAGGGCGAUGAGGAGGAGCUGUACUUGCUAGACCCGGACCACACGCAUCCUGAGGAGCCAGAGUACGUGCUGCCGCAGGAGGCUUUCCCGCUGCGUCACGAAAUCGUGGACACGCCGCCGGGGGCCGAGCACCUGCAGGACAAGGCUGACUCGCCACACGUGAGCGGCAAUGAGGCGGACGCAGCAUCGCUGGCGCCCGUGGACUCGUCCUUCUCGCUGGUCUCUGUCUCACACGCACUCUACGACAGCCGCUUGCCGCCGGACUUCUUCAGCGCACUAGUGCGCGACAUGCUGCACUUCUACGCCGAGCAGGGCGAUGUGCAGAUGGCUGUGUCCGUGCUCAUCGCACUAGGGGAGCGCGUGCGCAAGGACAUAGACGAGCAGGCCCAGGAGCACUGGUACACGUCCUACAUCGACCUGCUGCAGCGCUUCCGCCUCUGGAACGUGUCCAACGAGGUGGUCAAGCUGAGCACCAGCCGUGCCAUCAGCUGCCUCAACCAGGCCUCCACGUCCCUGCAUGUCAACUGCAGCCACUGCAAGCGGCCCAUGAGCGGCCGGGGCUGGGUCUGCGGCAGGUGCCACCGCUGCGCCAGCAUGUGCGCCGUCUGCCACCACGUGGUCAAAGGCCUGUUUGUGUGGUGCCAGGGCUGCAGCCACGGCGGCCACCUGCAGCACAUUAUGAAGUGGCUGGAGGGCAGCUCGCACUGCCCCGCCGGCUGCGGCCACCUCUGCGAGUACUCCUGACACGGGCCUCGGGACGCCGGCCGCGCCUGCGUCGACGCCUGUUGCCCAGACUUUGUGCCCAGGAGGAGGGGACUGGAACGUGUGAACCAAAUAAAGCAAGCGGGAGCCGC